CCUAAACCCAAAAAUUUAACUAAUCCCGCCUAUAAACCCAAAAUUCAGUAAACCCGCCUAAAACCAAUUAUUUUUGGCCCUUUUAAUUAGAUUUUUUUACUACUCAUCGGCAACCCUAAUCACUCUCUAACUCUCUCUCGAUCUCACACCGCCUCCUCUCUAACUUGCGAUUUCACUCUCGAUCUCGACCUCUCACUCCGGCGAUUUCACCGAAGCUACUCCGGCGAUGGGUGGAAAGAGGAAGCGCAAACUCGUGGCACCGGGUUCGUCGAUUAAUAAAACACCAAGACCAUUACCGACUCGGUAUGACUUCGUCUCUAAGGCGACGACGUCGAAUCUUCCACCGGUGGUUCUCCCUAACAACAAUCCGGCGCCGUCGGUAAGGGAUUAUCCACCUCCGAGGCAACUCUUUCCGUCCUCCACGUUCCCACCUUCUGGAUCUGCUCCGGUUCCUCAAACUCAGCCUCCAACUCGAGUACCUCAGUCUUCUGGCGGUGAAGGUACUUCAUAUCCUCAACCUGGGCGGAGACAAUCUCAAUCUCCUCCACUUGAAGAAUCUCCAUCUUCUCCACUUCAUGGAGCUCCAUCGCCUCACAGUUCUCAAGCACAAAACUCUCAUGGAGACCCAGAAGAUUUUGCUGAGUUCGAAGCUCCAGUUGAACCUGAUCUCUCGGAGGACGUGAUGGAUGUAUUAAACCGUAUGCUAGCCCAACCAGGCCGAGAGGAGUUGACAACGGUCCUGUCUCCCAAACUCGAGCCUGGUACAACAUGGUUUGGUUAUGACAAGUCCAGCUUGACCCGUAGGAUAACAAAGAUUAUGAAAAAGAAGUUUAAUAAGCCUUUCUAUAGCUGGACCUGUGUGCCUAGAGACAGACAAGAAGGAUACUUCGUUGAAUUUGCGAAAAAACACACAUGGAAUCCCAUGUUGACCGGUCUUGUUCAAGAACACUUUGAAUUCAUUUGUCAGCUUCGAAUGAAAGGUAUGGUCAGUGAUGUAAGGACCUCUCGCGACCAACCGAAUUGGAUAGGAGAUACACUCUGGAAACAAAUGACUGCUUAUUGGGACACUGAGGCAGCAGUGGCAAAGAGCCGCAAGGCAUCAGCAGCUCGUUUGUCUGAACGUAAUGGUCUUGGUAUUCACAAGCAUAACUCAGGACAGAAGUCCUAUAUGCAACUCGAACAGGAGUUGAUAGAGGAGUUGGGAAGACCUGUGAGUUUUGGUGAAGUAUUCAUCAAGGCUCAUACAAGAAAAGAUGGAACCUAUGUUGAUUUCAAAGCAGAAAAAGUUGCUGAGGCUUACAAAAAGAAAAAGGAAGAGAAGUUGGCUGACCUUAGGAAGGAUAACACUGAAAUCUCAGAGGGGCUUUUGCUAGCAAUAGAAGAGGACAACGAGCUGUUUAUUCAGUCAACUUUCUGCAAUGACAGAGGAGACCUUUUUGGUAUUGGAAGCCUGAAGAAGAAGCUUAAGAGAAAACGAAAUGACCCGAGCAGCUCCUAUUCUUUCAUGCACAUGCAACAAAAGCUUGAAGAAGCUGAACUCAAGAUAAAAGAACAAGAAGCCCGUAUUGCCAAGGCUGAGGCAGACCGUGCUCUGGAACAAGCUAUUAACCAGGCUAAGAUGGCUGAGUUCUCCAUUUUGCACAAGUACAUGCGUUUAACUGACCAAAAAUACCUUGAUUUCAUUGCCUCUGAAGCAUCAUCUCCAGCUCCUCCUGAUCAGUGAAAGCUCUGUGUUCUUAGGUUAUCAUAUUUAACUAUCUUUUGGUGUUUGGUAUUUUGAACAUAUAACAACUCUGAUAACUUUUUGGUAUGUAUCCUUUGGUAUUUUGGUGUUUGAUUCGGGAUGUAUCUUUUUGGUAUUUAGGAUUCUAAAAACUUUAAUCUACUUUCAGUUUCUUCA